AUGCAGGCUGUCAAGAACACCAUUGCCGAGAACCUGGGCAACCAGAUCUUGGGCUCUCAUUCGCUCGCCCCGAAGGACCAGCAAUUCGCCCUUGAAGAAGUGCCAGAUCUAUCUGGCAAGGUCGCUCUUGUAACAGGUGGAUCUGAAGGCAUUGGCUAUGGCUGCACCCACACUCUCCUGUCCAAGAAUGUCAGCAAGCUUUUCAUCUUGUCACAGAGCGAGGAUAUUGUCACAGAUGCAAUCAACGCAAUAACGCAAGAGAUGGGCAAAGACAAAGCCGACAGAGUCGUCUUCAUUCAGUGCGACCUCUCAGACUGGGAACAAACCGGCAAAGCCGCGUUCGAGAUCGCCGACAAGACUGACCGCCUCGACAUCCUCAUCAACAACGCAGCCCGAGGAAUCAUGUCCUACCAGCUCAACAAAGCCGGUAUCGAUCUGCACAUGGCCACCAACCACUUCGGCCACGUUGUCCUGACCUCGCAUCUUCUCCCCCUUCUCAAGUCCACCGCAGACAAAGGCGACACCGUCCGCAUUGUCCAGCUCGGAUCCAACGCGCACGAAAUGGCGCCCAAGGACACCAAAUUCGCCAGCAUAGAUGAGCUGAACACGGAUCUCGGACCAAACCCGCAAUAUGGCCGCUCAAAGCUCGCGGCCAUCCUGUACGCGAGAUAUCUCGACCGCCACCUGCAUUCCAAGUACCCCAACAUUCUUUCUAACGCCACGCACCCUGGUAUUGUAGAGACGCGGCAAUCCACUGAGCACAUCCACGAGGCGUACCCACUUCUUGGGUACGGCAUGAGCGUUGGUGCGCAGCCUUUCAAGAAGAGCCAGUUUGAGGGCUGUGUGAGCACGAUGUUUGCUGCGACCAAGACGGAUAAAUCAGGCCAGUAUAUUUGCCCACCGGCGAUUGUGGAGCCUGGGAGUGAGUUGGCGAAUGAUGAGAACCUUGGAGAGCAGUUGAUGGAUUUGACGUGGAAGGUGGUCAAGGAGAAGACGAAGAGUAGUAGUUCGGAUAAGGGAUGUCCGUUUAAGGAGUCGUAG